AUGAUCACUACCCAGAGUACAGUCCAGAACACGGCGUCCAAGCGACGGGAAUCGGUGCACAAGAAUGUGUACGACCACCUGGUGCUGAAGGUGCCCGAGGCGCCAGUCACGCCCCCACCGAGACUUAUAGACGCGCCGCUGCCGUGGAAGGCCACAGCGGGGCGCAUCGUGCCGGCGUCGCUGCGCAAGUACCUGCCGGAGAUCGACUUGAAGGUCACAGUGACCUGCCUGGUGUGGUACGUGACGUCGUCGGUCUCCAGCAACCUCAGCAAGGCGAUACUACACGAGUUUCCCCACCCUGUGGGGCUCACCGAGCUUCAGUUUCUGACCAACGGCCUCAUGUGUCUCGGGUUCCUCGUGUUGGUGAACUACCUUCAUCGGCCGUCGUGGAAGGCCACGUGGGUGUCGCAGAACAUGCGUAACUUCCCGGACGGUAUAUUGCCGCCGUACCUAAAUGGGAGCUUUUGCGAAUGUAUCCAGCAGCGCUUCCUGGUGGUUGACCGAAAGGCGGUUAUUGCAACACUGCCGAUGGGCAUGUUCCAGUUCAUGGGCCACUUCACCUCCUAUAAGGCAACGUCGCUGAUCCCCGUGUCGCUUGUGCAUUCCGUCAAGUCGCUGUCGCCCAUCGUGACGCUGUGCUGGUACCGUUUUGCCAAGAAGAAGCAGUUCCACCGCAUAACGUAUUGCACUAUGCUGCCCCUAGUGGCAGGCGUCAUUUUAAUUUCAUCGCCCAGCGGGGGUAGCAAAUCGGUAGGCGCUAGCGUCGAAGACCUUCGGCUGGUGUUGGGUUUGUUCUUCGCAGCCGUGUCCAUGGCUAUUUUUGUUUCGCAGAACCUCUUUGCCAAGUCGAUCCUGACAGUCAGAAAGCGUGAACUACUGCCGAGCCAGAAAAGCCUUGCGGGACUCGGAGGGGCGUCACCCUUCCAGUUGGAUAAGAUAACCAUCCUCUUCUACUGCUCCUGUAUCGGCUUCUUGCUCAUGCUGCCUGUCUUCCUCGUGGGCGAGGCGUUCGCCGCUUCUAGCGUAUUCGCGGACAUUUCGCUCCGCGUACUGUGCCUCAUGGGUGUAUACGGUUUCACCCACUUUCUACAGGCCAUGCUGGCGUUCCAGCUUAUCGGCAUGCUUUCUUCUGUCAACUAUUCUAUUGCCAGCAUCAUGAAGCGUGUUGUCGUGAUUGGCGUGGCGCUGACUUGGGAGUCGCAGCUGUCCGGCCGCCAGCUCCUAGGCUUGGUUAUGACUGUCAUCGGCCUUUAUGGGUACGACAAGUGGGGAAACAAAACACAGCCCCACCCGUCAUAA